GACAAAGCUGCACUUGAGGAAAGGAUUUCUUGUUUUAAGGUGUAUCUGGAAACAAAAGGAGCUGCACUGAGCCAGACUACAGAGUUUCUUCCCUUCUAUGCUUUGCCUUUUGUUCCAAACCCCAUGGUACAUCCUUCAUUUAAAGAACUUUUCCAGGAUUCUUGGACAUUGGAUUUAAAGACAAGAUUGGAAAAGUUCCUGUCUCUGACUCUCAAAGCCAGACAGACUCCCCAGCUUCUCACUUUAUUUAAGGAGAAUGGACAGUGCAACAAAGAAAUGUUGCAACAUCUUCAUCAACAGUUAGUGGAAUCUGAGCACAGGACCAUGACCUACCUGAAACGAUUUAACAAAAUGCAGGCAGACUACCAUAAUCUCAUUGGAGUCACUGCAGAGCUGGUGGAUUCCUUGGAGGCCACAGUCAAUGGCAAGAUGAUUACACCGGAGUAUCUUCAAAGUGUUUGUGUUCGCUUGUUUAGCAAUCAGAUGAGACAAAGCGUAGCACAUAGUAUUGACUUCACAAGGCCUGGAACUGGAUAUUACUCUAUGAGCCCUUGUGAUGACGGAUAUGCUUCCACAAUGUUAAGAGCGUCUUUAGCCCCUGUGAAGAUGCAGGAUGUGCCAUUGUUGCCCUCUUUGGAUUAUGAGAAACUGAAGAAAGAUUUGAUUACAGGGAAUGAUCGUCUCAAGGCCUUCUUACUGCAGGCUCUGCGCUGGCGCUUAACAACAUCAUAUCCUGGAGAACAGAGAGACACGGUCCUGCAAGCCUACAUCAGUAAUGACCUCCUAGACUGCCACAGCGACCGUCAGAGAAGUGUCCUCAAAUUAUUACAUUCUAAGAGUGAGGUAGUCAGACAGUAUAUGGCAAGGCUCAUCAAUGCUUUUGCUUCCCUGGCAGAAGGUCGUGUCUACCUUUCUCAGAACCCAAUGUUGCUGCGAAUGCUGGAAGAGAGACUGAAAGCUGAAGACAAGGAUUCCCUUACAUGGGAGAAUGUUCUGGGGGCUCUGCAGAAAUUCAGCCUCAGGCGUGCACUGCAGUCAGCAAUGAUCAAAGAUGGGCUCAUUUUCUGGCUGGUUGAUGUCCUAACAGAUACAGAAUGCCUGUCUGAUUACACACUGGAGUAUUCUGUUGCCUUGCUCAUGAAUCUUUGUCUGCGGAGUGCAGGGAAGAAAAUGUGUGCAAGGAUUGCAAACCAUGUGCUCAAAGUUCUCUCUGAUCUUCUUGGCCAUGAGAAUCAUGAGAUACAACCAUAUGUGAAUGGAACACUGUAUAGCAUUCUUGCCAUCCCUUCUGUCCGAGAAGAAGCCAGAGCAAUGGGAAUGGAAGAAAUUCUGCGCUGCUUUAUCAAGGAAGGAAAUGCAGAGAUGAUCCGACAGAUUGAAUUUAUUAUCAAGCAGCUCAAUUCAGAAGAGCCAUUAAAUGAUAGUAUUGUGUCUGAUGAUGAAGAGGAAGAGGAGGAUGAGGAAGAUGACCAUGACAUCAUGGAGGCAGAUCUGGACAAAGAUGAGGUUUUGCAGCCUCAACUGGGAGAGCUUGCAGGAGAGAAGCUGCUAACAACUGAGUACUUGGGAAUAAUGACUCAUACUCCAAAAACCAAGAAGAAGCUGUUUCCUGGUGUCCAUCAGAGUGUAGAUGAGCCUCUCCAGAGACCUGUGACACCAGGUUAUCACAGAACUGUGUACCUAAUGCCAGAAAAUGAUACCAAUUCUUCUCAUGAUAGGGAUGAGAAGCUGCAGUCUCUGCCGAGUGAUCAUCCUCCCAUUUGUGGUGGCAGCAGGUCCAGCAUUUCUGACCUCUGCAUUUCCCCUUCAUCAGUUGAAAUGAAGUCAUCUAAAGUAUUCUCAGCAGGCCAUAGAGUGGACCGAAGCAUCCCAGCUGAUGGCAAUAUCUUGUCUUCCCGAUCUACUGACUUCACCCAGGACAAAGUAAAUGGGCAAUCACAUAGCGAGUUUCCCUCAGCCUUCACCAGCAAACCCAAGAUCCCUCGCACUCCUGAAGUUCAGAGUGCCAGCCCUAGAAAGGGAAAGAUCCCAGCCAUUGCCCCCCAGUUCUCUCAGUCUGGACCCCAACAAACAAGCCGUCCCAGCUCCUCAGGAUCAUCCACAAGGAGCAGACAGAGCAGCCAGUCCUACAGGAAGUGA